AUGUCACUAUUUGUGAUUUUAAGCCUGGGCUACACCAGUGCUGGUUGUGUUGCUGUUGGAAGUAUGCAGUUUGAUGCAGAUGAUCAAGAGGUGUUUGAAAUCAAUGAUUUCACCACAGCAACAAGCUGGGAAAGAUUCACUGCUGCUCUGGAAGAAGUGAUUUAUGAAUGGAAACUCAGUGAAGUUCAAAGGCCCAAGAAUAUAGCUAAGGGUGAACUUGUCACUGGGAAGUGGAUUGAAACCAGGACAGACAUCAGCUAUGGCAAUUUUCAGUUCUCAGUCACGAGGCACCAACUACAAACCUAUGAUGGGGAGACCAUAGAGAGCGAAUGGCAGCCUUUCUUUGUUGAUUCCAAGCAUGACUUCCCCUCCCGAGCCCAUUGCCUGGUACGAUGGUAUGGUAUAAUAGAUUUUUUAGUCAUCGAACAUAUGGGGGCAGAAAAUGCAGUGGAUUCUGAAACAAGAGCAAAACUGCUUCUCAGCUCUGCUUUCAUUGCUCUCCAGAAUUCCAAUUGUCACCUGCCAAUUUUCAUCCAGCUAUAUGACAAGAAGCAAAGAUACUUCCUUGGUGUUGGCAAAUCUGGAAACAUCAGAACUGAUUAUGAAAUGGUGAAAUUGUCCCAGGCUCCCAAGGAUUGCUUGCAUAUUGCAGGUCUCAUAGAUAUCUUCAAAGGGAAGAUCAGUCCUCCUAUGCCUCUUCCUUCUGUGACUGCAUCCAUACGAUUAACUUAUAUACAAACCAAUUUUGAGGAUCCAGAAUGGUGUCCAAACUACCCUGACUUGGAUUCACGGCUUAGUGAAGCACUUAGAAGUCUUCCUAUGGGAGCUCUCUCAAAUCCCAUGAAGGAGCUUCAUCUGUCAGCCACAUGGUACAGUGUUCAUGCUGAAGAUGUUUGGGAUAUUGAGGGUCACACUGAUCUAAAUCCUGUGAAGGUUGGUAAAAAGGGCAGUGACUACUCAGGGCUUCUGGGGAGACUGACUGAACCUCUACCAUCCCUGAGUUCAGUGUUGGAAACUGCUCACCAGAAGUUCCUUCGUCCAGCAUUGUUCCAGAUGGAUUCUCAAGGACCAUUGCCAACUAACAUCCUCAUGCCGAUUCUUCUCUACCUAUUUCCUGAUGCAGAUGAGGCUCAGACCAGACUAGGAUCGAUGAAGUCCAGUCCUGAGUCUAGCAUAGUAUGGCGGUUGGCCCUUGCAAUGGCACACCUGGCAGCAAGCUCCCGGUCUUUGGUACGAGUUGCUCACAUGUGGCAGGAGUUCAUUCUGGAAUUAAGAUAUCGUUGGGAACACAACAUGCUUAUUCCUGGGUGA